CACGUUUACAGCAUGGUCAACGUGAUAGCUCUGACCGUUCUAUUCGUUGCCAUUGUAGACUUGGUCUACCCGUUUGGACCAAAGGUGGGGCCAUAUGAUAUUGAGAUAGAAAAGUUGGAGAACUGCAAAGACCAAGGGGAAGCUAAAGUUACUAUGGGUAUGAAGAUCACCAAGGUUGGUAGAGGGAAAUAUCUGUACAAGGAGAACUUCACGUUCCUGGUGCCGAUAGACGAACAUUUCAAGGAAAGUAUCGAACUCCAAAAAUGGGGAAAUGGAGGAUGGAGACCAAAAUACAUGGAGGUGACACUAAAGGGUUGUGAAGAUGUCAUGAAUAGACUCGGAGACUUUUACAAGAGCUUGAUGAAGUCUGCAGGAUUGAAUUUAGAGAAAUGUCCAAUGCCAGCGGGACCGUAUGACAUUGAAAUUGAAAAGUUUGAGCAAUGCGAAGACAUUGGAUCUGGUAAAAUAUUUUUUCCCAGCAGAAUAACUUCUGUUGGAAAAGGUAAAUACAUCUACAAUGAGAACUUCACACUUGAAGUUCCGUUUGAUGAACAUGCAAAGGCAGUCGUAGAAGUGCAGAAGUGGGGAAACGGUGGAUGGCGGAAAAGGAUGGUACAAUACACCGUCAAAAACUGUGACAAUCUCUGGCUAAUAUUUGGAGAUCAGGUUCUUAAAGCGAGGAAGUAUCUUAAUCCCACCCCCACACAUUGCCCCAUUCCAGCGGGGACCUACAUAGUGAACAACUGGCCAAUAGAUGUAAGCCUAGCCCACGUCGUACCGGUGAUGGAGUAUGCAAAAUACAGAGGAAUCUCAAGGUUGUACUACAAAGAUGAACGUGUGGGUUGUAUGAUGACCUUAUUCAACUUGGUGCCCAAAGUUCCAAAAUAGCGAUGUCAAAUUCUAAAUCAAAAGUGGUUUGCUUUUGUAUUGGUUUUUCAAGUUCUAAAUAAAAAGUUAUUUGCUUUUA